AUGUUGGUGACGAACAACUGCUCAAAGUACCACUGCAUCUCCAGUGAACCAUGUCCUGAAGGCAGGUACCAGGACGAGGCCUGGUUCAUACCCCCGGGAAGUGAGAGACUAUGUCUGCCCUGCCGCACGUGUGCUGCAGGGUCUGGUCUGAAGGUGAAGGCCCCGUGCUCCAGAACCUCUAACACUGUGUGUGAACCAGACGAGGGACACUUCUGUUGGUGGGCCCCGGGGGGCAGAAGCUGUGUGGUCUCACAGAGACACAGGCGCUGUCUGCCAGGAGAGUACAUAAGGAAACCAGGUGGUCCCUUCGCAGACACAGAGUGUGGUACCUGUGCUAAUGGGAGCUUCUCUGAUGGGACUCUGUCGCUCUGUCAGCCGCACACACAGUGUGAGCAGUUGGACAAAGUCACCGUCGCAGCAGGAACCUCUGAGUCGGACACAGACAUUGGGCUGAAUGAUGCUCUGGACGUGUUCACAGGAGUCCAGCACAGACUGACAUCAGAGGAUCCCUCAUCUGCGGGAAAAGUGGACCCUACAUCUGUCUCUAAUCCUAUCAGUAUUGGGCUGAAUGAUGCUCUGGACGUGUUCACAGGAGUCCAGCACAGACUGACAUCAGAGGAUCCCUCAUCUGCGGGAAAAGUGGACCCUACAUCUGUCUCUAAUCCUAUCAGUAUUGGGCUGAAUGAUGCUCUGGACGUGUUCACAGGAGUCCAGCACAGACUGACAUCAGAGGAUCCCUCAUCUGUGGGAAAAGUGGACCCUACAUCUGUCUCUAAUCCUAUCAGGUGUGAGCAGUUGGACAAAGUCACCGUCGCAGCAGGAACCUCUGAGUCGGACACAGACAUUGGGCUGAAUGAUGCUCUGGACGUGUUCACAGGAGUCCAGCACAGACUGACAUCAGAGGAUCCCUCAUCUGCGGGAAAAGUGGACCCUACAUCUGUCUCUAAUCCUAUCAGGUCCUUUCUGUGUCUGUGA